AUGGGGUUCGCACGUCCAGCAGAAGCCUCCAAAGAAGUGACAGAAGAUCCCGCGGUAGAAGAUGAGAAAAGAAGGAACUAUGGUGGUGUGUACGUGGGUCUACCCACAGACAUGACCACUGUGGCUUCCAGUCAGUCCAAGUCCACACAUAAAGUGACUGAAGCAGCUUGGGGCGAAUGGAGAGGAAUAAUCCCUGGUGGCCGAGGCAGCACCCCAUGA